UAUUCCUUAGCGGAUGAAGACACGCUUUCCUCUCUAUAUUUCAAACCAUUCGUAAGAGUUAAAACCAUCCAUUUCCAUAGUCCGCAAGCCUAGUCUAGUUGAGUCAUGUUUCCCCAGUUUUCUCUUCUUCAAUUUCCCGGUAACCAAACAUAUGUGUUGAAUUUUGGCUUGCCAUGAGAGUGAAUAGUUAGAAGAAACCAUAUAGGCUGGUACUGUUAGUACAUGUUUAGAGAUGAGGGGUCAUCGUGUGACAUGGGAUGAAGCCAAAAUUCGUGAAUAUGAAGAAAGCAAACCUGUAAGGCAGAAAAUUCCAGAACCCAAGACACCAUAUAACACUAUGAUUGAUGCAGACAAUGGUUGUGUGUCUCCUUUACAAAAUUUCGAGGGAUUCGAUGAUAAUUCUGCACAUGCUGAGGCUCUAAUUCGAGCUCUGAAUGAGGUAGCUUCAGGUCAGAGGCAGUUUGGGGGUUGGACAUCAUCCGAGGAUGAAGCCGAUGGUGAUUUGGAGCAAGACGGAGAUUCUGCAGAGGAUGAGCGUGGGAAGAGCUCUAGGGAGCGCAGGAGCGAGCUUAGCGAUGAAGAGCGAGCAGUAGAGAUUGAGGGCAGUGAUGAGAGCCUGAGAACAAUAGAGAUCGAGGGUGGUGAAGAGACAGGCCAAGAUGUAGAGAUUCUGUAAGAUGAUCCCUUGGCCUCUUACAGCCAUCUCUCCUGAUUCCCCUUAGAAGAUUUUUCACCUUCUUCCCAUAAAGAAAUGUAAAAUUCCAAUUUUUUCAUCGAUAUAAUGACUAUAUGUUCCAAUUUGCCACAAACAUAGGGUGGAAAGAAAAUCUUGGAUCCUUUCUAUUUUAAAGCAACUCAUCAUUCCUCUUUGCGAUUGUUCAGAAA